AUGGUCUGCUUCUGCUUUCUGGUGGAUCAGCGGAGGGAGGUGCAACGGAGCAAGCCUGCGGCCGGGAUCUGCUCCCGGUGCGGCGGCGGAGCCAGCGUCGCCGACAUGAAGACGGCCACCAGGUUCUGCUAUGUCCCCUUCUAUUGGAAAUCGUGGAGAGCCAUUAUUUGCACUUUCUGCGGAGCCGUUCUUCGCUCUUACCAACACUGA